AUGCAGUACGAGGACGAGUACGAGGACGAUGGUCUGACGUGCAACACCGCGCCCGGGGUGACGUUCUUGGACAUGGACGAGCUCAAGGAGCACUACCGCUCGGACUGGCACCGGUACAAUCUGAAGCGAAAAGUCGCGGGGCUUCCCGUCGUCGGGAAGGAGCUCUUCGAGCGCGUGAUGGCGCAGGCCGCGGGCGCGAAAGAAGCGGGGAAGCAGACCGGGACGUCGCACCUGAAGCGCCCGGAGGAGCUCCCUCGGUCCGUGCAGAGGGCGAAGCGCAUGGAGGAAUGGGUCGAGCACCACAAGGACGAGGUCGCGGCCGCGCAAGCGGAGAUCGCGGAGCUGCAACGACGGAUCGACGCGGGGGAGAUCUUGACGGACGAGGAGGACGAGGACGAGGACGACGAAGGCGACUCCGGGGACGAGUCCGGGUGGGAGUCCAUGGACGACGACGAUGCGCAGGCGGUGCUGGCGCGGAUGGAGACGAUGGCGAGGGAAGGGGGCGAGGACGACUCCGACGACGAGUCGGAUUCGGACGACGCGGAAAACAUGGAGCUCGACCUCACGAACGCGCCCGUGCAGCUCGCGGACAACGGGUACGAGCUCAUAGUCACACGGGACGACGGCACCAAGAAGCGCAUCGGCCCUCGGGAGCUGAGACGGUAUUACAAGCAGCGCCCGCGCCCGGAGGAUCAGAGGCCGAUGGUCUUGGCGAACAAGGCGGAGAACCACGAGCGCGGACUCGCUCGGAUCGCGGAGAACGGCGGCCGCGGGAUCACGAAGUUCGACAGCCACGGCCGUUUCAACGCGCCGAUGCAGAUAUCGAUCUUAGUUCGCCGCGCGCAGAAAGCGUCGAGACGGUACGAGGGGAUGAACAUGAUCAAGUCCGGGUCGGGGAACAAGAAGUUCGACAUGAACGGGCAAAACGCGAAGACGAAGCUCCCGAAGGCGUGCCCGUAUUAG